GUCCAGACAUGCCCAGAGCCUAGUAAUGGCAGCAGCCUCAGGGUCUCUAUUGAUUUUCCAUCGUACUUAGAUUGCAAGAGAACCAGAAAGUCGCUUUAGAGCCUGCACUAACGCGUCCGGCACUUGCAGCAGGACUUCGAGCCUUCGCCGCCCUCUUGCCACGGGCUGGAAUACCUCGAAAUACCCGCUCAAUCUGAUAUGAGAUACCCCCAAGACUCCAAUGCCUCGUCCUUGACCAUAGAAACCCAACCUCAGCCUGCGCCGUCUCUGAUAUUCCCAGCGCCGCUCCUCAAUAACACUACGGGGUAUUCCCCCGACACCAGCACUUUCUACCCCCCGGCCUCGCAGAUUUUCUCUGGCCUCGCAGACGUUAGGCCGCGCCUAGGAUCCAGUAGCACGCCCUCCUCGGGUAUGGCACAGGCCCAUCAUCGCUCCACUGCAUUGCCAAAUCCAGUCUAUAACGCAAGAGAACUCUACUCACGAUCGACGCCGUCGUUCCCCAGGGGAAACGAGUACACAACGACACAGAGAUCGCCACCAUUCACCUCUCUCUCGCGCCGCCAUCCACUGUCACCAACUCCCAGUCCCAGUAUUGGUUUCACCAACCCCAUCAGGAUGGACCCCAGCCAGUACGGCGCAAAGGCCGCCCAAAACAUUCCCCCACUCCAGAGCAUCACCCCUCACGGCCAUUUGAUGUACGCACAGGGGCAAACGCCCAUCAAAGUUGAUAUCCACGGCACCAUUGACAAGGGCUUCUUCCUGUCCGAAGGCGACUGGACUUGUUACAGGCGCAACUACUUCAGUUGCGUCUGCUCCUACAGCCUGCAGCCCAACUACAAUGGCGCGGCCAUGCACUACACGCCGAACGGAUCCACGACUACGUACAAUGUCUUUGGGUUUGCCAUGUCUCUCUCGGCUGUCGUUGCGGACAGCGACUCGCACGCGAUCGACCUGGUCCAGCACACGCCUAAAAGAGACAAGGGCCCGACCUCGCGGCCUGAGCGAGUACAGAUGAGCCCCAAGCAGCCUCAACAGGCGGCCCAUCCUCUGGGCACUCUGGCGGGCUAUCCAGACCAUACGCAACAGUACCCGCCGCAAGGGGGGUAUCCGACGGAACAUACCUUCGAGCGAAUCCAGUUCAAACAAGCAACUGCUAACAACGGCAAACGAAGGGCAGCGCAGCAGUACUACCACCUGCUUGUUGAGCUCUACGCUCAUGUUGCCGAGGUCGGGACCGGGCGGAAUACCGCAGACCAGUGGAUGAAGAUUGCUCACCGCAAGUCCGCGAAAAUGAUUGUGCGCGGGCGGUCUCCCGGCCACUACCAAACGGAAAGAAGGGGAAGUACCAGCAGCGGGCCAGGAGGGUCGAGCGGAACGUUCGGGGGCUACGGGUCGCAAGUACCAGACUACUCUACCGGUGGCUCCUCGCUGCUCGGGGGCAGCUACACGAGCAGUCAAUACGACCAUAGGACGAAUCACUAUUCGCAACAACGUCAUCACGACCUGCCCAUGGAGCCCAUCAUGUCGCCGGAGGAGGUGAAGACGAUCGACAGCACCAAGGAUUACCAGUAUUAUCCAACAACAAUCUACGAAGGCACCGAUGUGAGGCAGGGCGUAGAGAUGUUUGUCCACCGCAACGGCCACGAGUCUAUCAUGACGUCGAUGCCAGGCAACGCCGAAUCAAGAGUCAAGCACGAAAGCGAGAGCACCCUUCCGAGCCUAUUCGGAUACCAGGGCCAGGCCUACUACUCGCGUGGCUGCGGCCGGUUUGAGGGCAAGACGAGCUCUGCUGGGUACUAUCCCACGAUGCUCCCACAAUCGAGUUGAGCGUACACGAAGACCGCAUUUGAUGGUUUAAUUUAGUUUGGGCGAAGGAGGGCAUGGGAAAAGCAUCACUUAUUCUCUUGGGU